AUGGUUGUACGUGACGACGACGAAUUGGAUUUGGAAGAAGCGACGAAACAUGCCAGUAUUCUCCAAAAUAAACAGCUGAUCACCAACAAUGUCAUCAAUAAACGGAAGGUACGUGAUGAUCAUGUAGUUGUGUCCUCUUUCCUGCUGCUACUGCUGCAGCUAUUUCUUCUGCUCACAUGUGAUUCAUUUCGAAUCGUUGUCGUCGUCCUUCUCGAUUCUUAA